AUGAGAGUGCAGGAAAUAUUUGACACACUCGCGGACACUGGAGAAGACAAAUAUUACGACAAGGCUGUACAGAAGCUGGGAGAUUAUUUUGCACCACAGGGAAACAUUUCAUUCGAGAGACACCAGUUUCGGCAACUCAAACAGGAGUCUGGUGAGUCAGUUGAACAAUUUAUAACGAGGUUACGCGAUAAAGCCAUGAUUUGUGAAUUCGGAGAUGAUAAAGACGACCAGAUCCGUGAUCAGGUUAUCGACAAGUGUAAGUCGACACAGUUACGGAAGAAAUUGCUGGAAAAGGGAGGAACAUUGACACUCACGAAAAUGCUGGAAAUGGGCAGAGCGCAUGAAGCAGCAGAGAGACAAGCAGCAGUAAUGCAUGAAGAAACUGUACACGAUGUUUAUGACAAAAGGAAAGGACACAAAUCGGAUAACCAGGGGGCUGACAGUUUCAAUACAAGUAAUCAAGGUAAUAAAUCCCAAGCAUGCUUCCGAUGUGGGAGACAGGGACACUAUUCAAAAGAUAACGAAUGUCCAGCCAGGAAUAAGAAAUGCAAUAAAUGUCAUAAAAUGGGACAUUUCCAGAAGUGUUGUAAGACAAACGGAGGUAAUCCAGGGAAUGGCCGAGCAAAGGAACGUACUGUGAAACAUGUACAAGAGCAGGACUAG